UCGUUUGCAUUCAUGAGUGAACGACGUAAACAAAAGUCAUGGCCGACCGGGGCGGUGCGGGGGUCGUCAUCAGUUAUCGCUUCCUCCUCCUCUUCUGCCUCGUCGUUGGCCAUGAGGGGCUGGAGAGGGACGAGAAUGGAUACGUCAUAUACUGUCCGUGCAUGGGUCGAUUUGGAAACCAGGCUGACCACUUCCUGGGGGCGCUGGGGUUCGCCAAAGGACUCAACCGCACGCUGGUGUUGCCUCCAUGGGUUGAGUACAAGCCCGGACACACCAGAUCAAUUCAGGUUCCCUUUGACACCUACUUCAAGGUUAAGCCGCUCACCAAGUUUCACCGAGUGGUGUUGAUGCACCAGUUCAUGGAGGAGCUGGCCAGCACCGUGUGGCCUCCAGAAGAGAGGAUUGCCUUCUGCUAUGUCCCACGCCACAACUCAGAAGACUGCAACGCCAAAGAAGGCAACCCGUUUGGGCCAUUCUGGGACACAUUUGGGGUUGACUUUGUGGGGUCAGAGUUCUAUCGUGGCCUCACUUAUGAUGUCCACUACCAGAACAUGGCGGAGAAGUGGACUGAGCUUUACCCAGGAAACAAGUGGCCAGUUUUGGCCUUUACUGGAGCACCAGCAAGCUUUCCUGUUCAGGAAAGUAACAGAGGGCUUCACAGAUACCUGGAGUGGAGUGAUAAUGUGCUCAACAAGGCAAAGGAAUUUAUUUCCACCCUCCCCUAUGGGCCUUUCGUCGGCAUUCACCUUCGCAAUGGAGUGGACUGGGUAAGGGCUUGUGAGCAUGUGGAGCACAGUCCCAACCUGUUUGCAGCGCCGCAGUGCCUUGGCUACCGUAAUGAGCAUGGGAAGGCCACCAUGGAGCUUUGUCUGCCUUCCCUCAGCACCAUUGUGAAGAAGCUGAAGCGCAUCAUCAAGAGCACGGGAGCCACCAGUGUGUUUGUGGCCUCAGACAGUGACCACCUCAUCCCAGAGCUGUCCAAGGACCUCAAGAAGAUGAAGGUGAGUGUGCAUAAGCGGGAACCAUCGAACCCCCAUGUUGACCUUGCCAUCCUCGGUCGCUCCAAACACUACAUUGGUAACUGUAUCUCGUCCUUCUCUGCCUUUGCCAAGCGGGAGAGGGAUGCAGCUGGCUUUCCUUCCUCCUUUUGGGCAUUCCCACUUGAGAAAGAGAAGCCAGGGAAGAAGUCAGCUGCAGGAGCUCCAAGGCACACUGAGCUAUAGCCCAUAUCACCCCUAGGAAAUGUAUGGUAAGUUUAUGGCUUGCCUGUCCCAAGGAGAGGCAAGGGAAAAUGUGUUUCAUCUUCCCCAAGUCACAAUGAAUCAUAGCCACAUCAUCCAUAGGAAAUAUGUUUAUGUGUUCAAAAGUUUAGGGUAUGUUUGCCAAUUUCUAUGCAUCAUUGCAACUGGUAUGCAUAGCAGGAUGAUAGGAUAUUCUGAACUGAGGUAUAGAAAUUAAUUAUUGGUAAAAUAUAGAUUGAUAAACAUUCUUUGUUUUGACUAUUUUAUUGCUCCAACUAUUUCCCAGGGUAAUUUUCUCCCCAUCUUUGCACUUACUGUGAUAAUGUGCAUUAGUUGGCAAACAUAUCCUUCUGCCCACCGAUCAAAAUGUGUAUUUGAGAGUCUUCCUGUUGAGCAGUGUGAGGAAGGUUAACAAUGAUGUGUUAUUAUGAACACUACUAUUUAGUGUGACUGCCAGAGCUAAGUUUCCAAGAAUUUGUGUGUGUGUGUGUGUGUGUGUAAAUAUGAUGGUAGCCUCAGUUUAAAUUGUAGAGAAGCUUUUAUUUCCUUUCUGAGGUUACUAGAAAAAAAUAUUUCAGCACAAUGCUAUAGAGAAUUCUAAAGUAGGUACUGGUGGCCCAUAUAAUGUUUAAGGGUCAGGUAACAGACACCGCAUAUAUGAAAUAUCUGCCAAUAUUUGUUACCUUCCCCCUCCAGAAAAUCCCUAGCUUUCAUGUGUAUAAAGGAUCCAGUGAGUGUACCAGUAAUGUGCAGUCAUAUAAAAAAAAGUACAUUACUAAAAUGACGUCAUUUUGACUCAACGGACGAAGAAAUAUGUGAAAUAUUGUUUGAGCAUGGGAUGUGUUGGUAACCUUUGUUAACAGUGGUAUAUGAAAAGCCACCAGUAUUAUAUAUUUCUAUGGAACAUCAGUUUGUGCUGUUUCAGUAUUCAGAUAACAUCUCACUGCAUUGUUACCAACAGCAGGAUGAGGAGGUGGUGAUGUGUAUAAUGGUGGUCAAAGGUACACAAGAAAAGGUCCCUAGGCUUGACCUGAACAAAAGCUCUAACCAUUGUGUAUUUUUGGUCGCCAUAUUUAGUUUGUAGCAUGUCUUUCACUCAGUAUUUAUUAUUAUUGUUAUUUAUAUUACUUGUGUAGACUAAUUAUUCAGUAUGUGAUUAUUAAUGUUUUCACUUCGCUAACUUUAAAAUGAUGACAGUGAUUAUUGUUUGGAAUGUAGUAUGAAGAGAUGUGUUACAGGGCAGCAAACCAAUGAGUAUGACGAUGAUUAAACUGCCAAAUUAUGAAGUGCUAAAAGAUGUUGAGUGGCUGGAGAUUAUUACAUGUGACCUUGAAAAGAGAAGGAGACAGAAGGCUGAGAAGGAACCACUGAACUAUGACAGUAAGAAAAAAAGAGAGCUAAAAAUAAAAUCGUGUGGGCAGAAAUUAAUAAGUAUAAUCAAUGUUAGGCAUAGAGACCAUUGCCAAACAUGAAUCAUUGAAUCAUGACACAUUCAUACCUCCCACAUGUUAUGAAGGCCUCAAGGUGCUAAUUACUAGAAGGUCCGUGUGUAUAAAACUCAUCUGGGGAGACCAUAAAUUUUAUAUAUGUUGUGUCCUCUUGGUGCUAAGAAAUAAUUGUCCUAUUCACAUACAUAUUUACAGGUAUACACUGAUAUAGUUGUUUCAGUUAUGUAUGAUUAUUUUUUUAAUUCAGACUUUUUUACCUGAGUGCUCAGUAAUUCUAGAAGUGAAAGCAUAUGGAGUCUUGUCUUAAUAAUCCAAUAUAUAUAUAUAUAUAUAUAUAUAUAUAUAUAUAUAUAUAUAUAUAUAUAUAUAUAUAUAUAUAUAUAUAUAUAUAUAUAUAUAUAUAUAUAUAUAUAUCUUUUUCUAUUUUCUCUCAUAAUGCUUACGUUGUAUGUAUUUCUUUUCUUUUCUGUUUUGUCCUGUAUUUAGUAAUGACAAAGCCAGUUUACCCUAUUCGUCCUAUCUUCUGGUGCUCUCGUUUGGGAUAUUCUCUCUCUCUCUCUCUCUCUCUCUCUCUCUCUCUCUCUCUCUCUCUCUCUCUCUCUCUCUCUCUCUCCCCCCAUCACCAGUCGUUGUCACAUUACCGCGUUAAUGUUCUUUCUCAGUCUCCUCAACCUCGCAACGCGUUUUUGUCAUCUUCAUGUAGCCAAAUGUUCGUCAUUAUAGUAAUUUUUUUUAUAUUUUUAUAACAUACUAUCAGAGGUUUAUUUCGCAAAUGCUCUUGCCUCAAUUAUAGUGCCUCUCUGUAAUUAAAAAGUAAGUGUAAUAAUAAAUAUGAAUGGUGCCA